GGUGCGAUGUUGCAGUUUGUAGCCGAUGGUUGUGUAACACCGGUCUGGAGGAAGUGUUACCUAAGGCGACUCUGGAAGAUGCAUCAGUUAACUAUUACGUCAACUUUUACCGUACAAGACGUAUUCUUUCAGUUGUGCGAUUUUAAGACCCGGCCGUCGACCUGGAUCGAGGACAGUAUUUUCCGUCACAAGACAACUGAACUUUGUACGACACAUCACGACUGUCCCAAGUAUUGCAUCAAGUUGCUGUCGUACACCUGACGUCCGACGUUUGUGAGGGGCUAUUUUAAGUUCUUUUGAGAGCUUUGGAACCUUCAUUUGAUUUUGGAAACCUGUUAUGUCGAGCGUCGUCGGCGUUUCCGGUGUACUGGACACGCAAAGAACUUUGCUUCCUGAAAACGGAGUCUUUGUGCUCUCCUCGUCAGCGCGUGUGUCUACUACCAUGCUCACCGCGAGGAGUUCAUGUUCUUGAGUCACGGCCAGAAGUCGGACUUUCAGCUACUGACGUACAGGUGCAUGUGGCAGUAGCACACCUGCUGUACAGGUGCACGUGGCAGUAUCAGAUAUGUACAGAUGCAUGUGGCUGUAGCAUGCCUGUCGUACAGGUGCAUGUGGCUGUAGUACACCUGUCACACCGGUACAUGUGUCAGUAGGCGUACAGGUGCAUCUGACACUAACACACCUGGUUUUACUGACUCGCUUGUCGGCUACCAUGGCGGAGGACCAGAGCUUCUCGGCGCUCCAGUCGACCCUCUGGCGGGAGGGGACGUUCAGGGUGGUGUACUGCCCGCGGAACGAGCCGGUGCCGACCGACCCGGACCUGACAUACGAGGUGAGCGUGAGCGAGUACCGGGGGCUGUACGCGGACCUGCGCGCGGCCAGGGAGCAGGUGCACCGCCAGGACGGGGAGAUCGCCCGCCUGCGGCAGCAGAACGGCGCGCUGACGGACGAGCUGCGGCACCUGACCGAGCUGCUGAGGAAGGCUGAGACGGAGAGGGACGGAUAUCUCAGGGACCUGAACAACCUGUGGGACCUCAACACCGACACCGAGGGUACUGACGGGGAGAGCGAGGGCAGUCCGGAGCUGGGGACAGCCGAAGAGCCACAGGGGUCCAGGCGGCCCUCGUUGGCGGCGAGAAGACUUUCUGUCGCGUCGAGAAAAAUCUCAGACGGGUCGGAGGACAAUGAGAAGAAACAGGGACUGGCGAGUGACUUCCUGGGAACAUCCAACGCGAACGCGUCAGUCAAGAGUCCGGAGAAAAUCAAGCGCGCCCUUAAAGCCAGCUACGAGAAGAAGAAAAAUAAAGAAAUCGCCAAAGUCGAGGCAAGCUACGAGAAAAUCAUCAGCCAGCUACACAAGGAAAGGGAAAAACUACAGCAGCAGUUCAACAAAGACAGGGACAAACUUAAGACCCAGAUUAAAGACAUGACUAAACAGCUGCGCAGCAGGAAGGCCGAGAAGAUCGUGUACACGGAGGUCCCCAGACACGUGACGGCUGACGUCGUGACGCAGACGGACUGGGAGAAGCGUGACGUGUACGAGGCGGUGAGGACGGUCGUCGCGCAGGCCAAGGAGCUGAAGAAGGAGAAGGCGGAGAUGGCACGGGAGAAGGACAAGGCGGCGCGCCAGUUCGAGCGCAAGAUGGACGUCUUAAAGACGCGCCAGAAGGAGCUACUGCAGACUAAGGUCUCCCUCGAGAAGGACGUCAAGGGCCUGCAGAGGAAAGUCGCGUUCUACGAGGCGCGCCAGUCGUACCGGAACCGUGCCCUGCCGUCAGUGUCGCCGGAGAGGGGGGUGGGGGGCAUUGAGACAGGGGUGGGGAGCGUCGCGACCGGUAAGAGAGAUUCCUUCGUGGAGGAGAAUCUAUUAGAAGGAAGCAGACGGAACUCCAUGAGAUCCAUGUCUGUGGUUUCAGCAGAUAAUUCUGACAGUCCCGGCACAGACACGUUUCCCUCUCCGACGCAGCCCCAUGGCACAGAUAAUGUUAAAGGGAACAGCGGCGUUACGUUACCCAGACUUCCGCUAACCAGUGUCCAAGUCCAAAACAAUGCCUCACCACGAACUAAGGAAGCCAGAGGAAAGUUUGCAGCGACGAGAUUCCCGCCACAUCCGCAGCCUGUCAAACCGACGGUUGCCGUGGCAACGAACCAGCAGGUUGCUAGGCAACAGAUGAGUAAGUACAGGUACCAGCAGAGAAAGUCGUUCGACAGCAGUCCGAGUAAACAAGGAGUUAUCCGGCUGGCGGACAGCGAAGCCGCGCGACGGCACAACGGCAGGAACGUUCUCAGACCACUGUUAAACUCCAGUCAGAAGGACAGGCACUAGCCCUCCCCACCUGCCUGCCACUCAGGUGACAGGUGAGAUGAAGCACCUGCGAUGUCUCGACUCCUUCUUACAGAAGAGCGCCAUGUCACUAUGUGCAAUCAUACACAACUGCAAUGUAAUAUGGAAAGUAUGGCGCAGGGCAACCAAUGGUGGCUGGCCUCACCCC